UACGCGUGGCUGGGCGCGCGCCCUCAUACACACGCACUUUUCCUCUUCUUCAGCAUCCUCGCCGUCGACAUCGUCUAUCAUGCCUCCGCUUGAGAGGAGCCAGCAGCUGCACAGCAAACGUUUCAAGCAGAGGAAAAGCUUCGCUACUAGGAAGCAAGAAGUAGCGGGAAUUCGCUCCAAGUUCCCCAACAAAAUCCCGGUGAUCAUCGAGCGUUAUGAGAGGGAAAAGUUUCUCCCUCCUUUGGACAAAACGAAGUUUCUCGUUCCACACGAGCUCACCAUGAACCAGUUUGUUACCAUUAUCAGGAACCGCAUGGCACUGCUGCCGUCACAGGCCUUCUAUCUGCUGGUUAACAAUAGCGGUCUAGCCAGCAUGACCCUCAGCAUGGCUCAGGUCUACGGGGAUCACCAGGAUGACGACGGCUUUCUCUACAUGACUUAUGCCUCCCAGGAGAUGUUUGGACACCUUUAGCAUUUGUAAACCCCCACCUUCUUGCUCUCCAAUGUAAAUAUGAAAAUGUUUUGUCUAUUUUAAUAAAUAAAU